AUGGGCUCAGAGGAGCGCAGUUCGGCCAUGUCACAGAAGAUCUCCUCCCUGUCACGCAGCAACAGCAGCUCCUCGUCCAAGCAUGACAGCCGACAGGACAGCUGGGAAAUAGUGGAGGGAUUGCGUGGAGGCUUUGGCACCGUCCUGGAGCCCCAGAGACAGGAGGGCUACAUGCUGAAGAGGAGAAAGUGGCCUAUGAAGGGCUGGCAUAAGAGAUACUUCUUCCUGGACAAGGGCAUCCUGAAGUACGGCAAGUGCAGUGCUGAUAUUGAGAAAGGGAAGCUGCACGGCCGCAUUGAUGUGGGUCUCUCUGUGAUGGCCAUUAAGAAGAAAGCCAAGUGCAUCGAUCUUGAUGCCGAGGAAAACAUCUAUCACCUUAAGAUUAAGUCACAGGAGCUGUUUGAUGAAUGGGUGUCCAAGCUGCGCCACCAUCGGCUCUAUCGGCAGAACGAGAUUGCCAUGUACCCUAAUGAGAAAUCCUUCUACUACCCUCAUUACUCCUCCCCCAAGUCGCCCAACUCCCCCAGCUUGGCCAAGACUAGUGCCUCUAUCAGAAAGUGCAUGUCUAUACAAAGACAGUCCACAGUGCAUUCUGUCGGAGCCUUCCCUGUGAGCUGCAACAGCCAGGCCAAAGUUACAGCCUGGCUCCAGUCAUCAGAUGAUAUGGACAAGUGCUCCAAAGACCUGUCAGUCUGUGACGCCUACCUGCUGGAGCUCAACCACCUGCUUCAGAGUAUGGAAGUCCUCCAUCGAACAUAUUCUGCUCCAUCCAUCCAAGCCCUGCAGACAUCUACAUUUGACAGCCCUAAGAAGGAGAAGAGACUUCCAAAGAAAUGGCGGAAUAAAAACUACAACAAAGACGUAAAAACAACUCUGCAGGUACCCAGCUGCAUCUCCUCUGGCUCUAUCCGCCUCCAUGCCUCUAACCCCAACCUCUCCUCCGCUGCACUCGCUAAUGACAAAGCCGACACCGAGUCACUCGAUUCUCCCUUUGAUGUGGCCAAGCUCCAGGAGGACUUCUGCCGUAUCGCCACCGACUUGCAUGCAACCAUGAAGUCGGCCCUCAGUACGCUGACGUCUGAGCGGGAGAGGUUAAGGACGUGUCUGGACCACGAACCGUGUCCGCCUACCUCGCCGCAAGUUGUCGGUUUGAAGAACACGCUGGCAACGGCUUUAGCCCAGAACUCUGAGCUGAGAGAGCGCCUGAGCAAGAUUCAUGCCGAGUCCCACAUCGUAGAGCCCACACUAAUAAAUCACACUGCCCCUGUGCAGAAACAAGACUCCGCUGAUGCGUCCCCUCCCCUUGUGCACCAAGUGUCCAAUGAGAGCAGAGCUUCCGUCGCAGAGUCUUUGUCCGAGUUCUUCGAUGCACAGGAAGUCUUGCUGUCCGCCAGCUCCUCUGAAAAUGAGGCGUCGGAGGAUGAUUCAUACAACAGUGAUGUCAGUGACAACAUUUCCAUGGACUUCAGCAAUGGGACAGAAAUCGAGAGACCGAACUCAGGCUCUGCAGAAGAAGGCGCUUCCCUCUGUCAGCGUAGAUCCUGCCUGCCCUCUCCCAGUCCCAACAGCAGCACCGUCAGCCUGUGGAACAUCCUCAGGAACAACAUCGGCAAAGACCUGUCCAAGGUGGCGAUGCCUGUGCAGCUCAAUGAGCCGCUCAACACCCUGCAGAGACUGUGUGAGGAGCUGGAGUACAGCGAGCUGCUCGACAGAGCCGCCAACACACAGGACCCGUUUGAACGAAUGGUAUACAUAGCUACAUUUGUUGUGUCAGGCUAUGCAUCCAGCUACUACAGAACUGGUGGAAAGCCGUUCAACCCCCUCCUGGGAGAGACGUACGAGUCUGACCGGCCAGAUAAAGGCUUUCGAUUUGUUGCUGAGCAAGUCAGCCAUCACCCACCGAUCUCAGCCUGUCACGCAGGGUCUAAAAACUUCAUGUUCUGGCAAGAUGUCAGGUGUAAGAACAAGUUCUGGGGGAAGUCGAUGGAGAUUGUUCCUGUGGGCACAACUCAUGUAACUCUGCCGGAAUUUGGAGACCACUAUGAGUGGAACAAGGUCACGUCCUGCAUCCACAACAUUCUCAGUGGACAGCGCUGGAUCGAGCACUACGGGGAGAUCACCAUCCGAAACACCAGCAGUGACAUUUGCCAAUGCAAGAUCACAUUUGUUAAGGCCAAGUACUGGAAUUCUAGUGUGAACGAGGUGGAGGGAACCGUCACGGAUCAGAAAGGGAAGGUGGUCCACAGACUCUUUGGAAAGUGGCAUGAGGCGGUUUUCUGUGGAGACCCACCUUCAGCCACGUGCAUCUGGAGAGCAAAUGCAAUGCCAGUGGACCAUGAGCAGUACUAUGGUUUUACAAAGUUUGCUGUUGAACUGAAUGAGUUGGACCCAUCUCUGAAACUGCUGCUGCCAACCACAGACACCAGGCUACGAGUUGACCAAAGAUUGCUGGAGGAGGGGAAGUUGGAGGCUGCAGAGGAGCAGAAGCAGAGGAUCGAACAGCUGCAGAGAGAAAGACGGAGAGUCCUGGAGGAGAGCAAUGCCACACAUCUGCCUCAUUUCUUCAGGAGGUCAAAGGACGAUACGUGGGUGAGCAACAACACGUACUGGGAGUUGAGGAAGGACCUCGGCUUCGCCCACAUAGAUUUCCCGGUGCUGUGGUGACCCCUGAAAUGUACCUCACACACAUUUUCCACCUGCGCAGCCUCUACUGUGACCCAGGCUGGUUCUGGUGACGUCUGUAUCCCAGUCUUGCCGUCCACAUCCAAUCCUGUCUUCGUUUUUGCAGUUCAUCAAAGUUGUUGCCUUAAUAGCAAGUGCUUAUCUAAGUUGUGUAAAGAUGUUUAUGCAAUUAAAUUAUGAAAAAGUUGAUCGAUGUAAACAGAUUUUUGCCCACAUUCCCACCUCGAAUGUUCAAGAGACAGGAGCUACAAACCAAGAGGCUGAAAAGAGGAGCUGCAGCAACAGGCAGAAUGAGGAAGUCUUGUUUUUUUAAACAUUAGGGCUUCUAAACCUUUUUACAAAAUAAUAUAAAGAAAAAUUAUGAAGCUCAGAACAUGAGCAUAAUAGGUCUCCAUUAAUUAUUGCUCUACACUAGCGUAACAUGGACCGAACAACUGGUCACUUUAGCUGCCGUCUCAUCAUGGACAUUCUCUACCUCUGAGAUAAAACUAGCCUUGAUAUGCCAGUCAUGAAGUAAACACAUGUAAUAUCUAUUCUGCACCUGCCUGAUGC